AACUUCUAACCUAAGAAAGUGAAAGAAAACGAAAAGAGACUGAAACCGGACACCAUUCAUAAUUAUCUCUUCAUUUCACAUUUUCAAAAAUCUUCACACAUAUAAUAUACUCUACACAUAACUCCAAUUUGCUUCAAAAUGGCUUCUUUUUCUUCUCCUUCUUCUUCCUCUAAAUCUCCUUCUUCUCCUCCUUCUCUGUUUCUUUCCCAUCAGUCCCCUCAUUUCACUCCUAUUCAAGAAUGUGAAGGUGAAGAACAAGAAUAUGAAAUACGGAUUAAAGCUAAGACAGUAACACCAAAGCCAACUCCAGUUCACCAGCCAACACCUCUCCAUGUCAAAAACAGCAAGAUCAAGAAACGCCAUGGAAGUUGCAGCGGAUUAGACGACCAAGAAGAAGAAGAUGGUUCUGUUUCUUGUAAUAAAUGUCGUCCGAACUCCAGAGAAAAAAUCUCUGUUGUUCCUUUAGAUAACAGCAACGGUUUAAACAAAUCUUUUAUUGCAAGCCCUAAUGGAAUCUUCAAGUCUAUCUUCGCUUCUUUAACAAGAAAGAGUCCGAAAUCUACAGAUUCGUCAGCUUCAAGAGAUCAGCAAUGGAAGAUUGCCAUAGCUGAGCUGUCUCAUAAGCUGAUUCAAGCGACAAGAAAGAGAGACGAAGCAGUUCUUGAAUCUUCCAGGCUAAAAUACUCCAUGUCUGAACUUGAAAAGAAGCUCAACAAGCUCGAAGUUUACUGUCAUAAUUUAAAGUCAGGACUCGACGAGUGUAGCAGUAACUCUCCGUUUCGAAACGGAAAAGCUUUAAAUUUCAAUCAUGGUUUGAUGGGCAGUGUUAAUGAUGAAGUGAUCGAGCAUUUCUUGGUUUCAGUAUCUGAAGCAAGAUCGUCAGUCAGGUUCUUGAGCAGGUCACUCACAGGGCAAUUACGUCAUAUGGGUGGCAAAAUAUUUGAAAAAAUAUCAACUCUGCUACAACCUUAUGAACUCAAGAUUUCAUUUUCUAAGAAUCCUAAAAGUAUUUCUUUCUACCUUGAGGCCUUGCUGAAUAAAACAUUCUUUGAAGAUUUUGAAUCGGUUGGGUUCCAAAAGAGUGGAGUGAAUCAAAUACUGAACCCAAUUGAAAAAUGUGAAGCAAAUUAUGGGUCUUUUAGUAAAUUAAAAGAGUUGACAUGGGAACAAGUGUUGAAUAAAGGAACAAGGCAUUUCAGUGAAGAUUUCAGUAAAUUUUGUGACAGAAAAAUGAAUGAAAUUGUGGCAAUGUUGGGGUGGAAUAGAGCAUGGCCUGAGCCACUUUUACAAGCAUUCUUUGGUGCUUCUAAAAAUGUAUGGUUGGUUCAUCUUUUGGCCAACUCGGUACAUCCCGGUUUGCCCAUCUUUAGGGUGGAUAAGUGGGUUCGGUUUGACUCGGUUUACAUGGAAGAUAUGGGUGGAGACAGAGCUAAGAAGCUGGUCCCAACAAUAGUUAGAAUAAUGGUUGCACCAGGGUUCUAUGUUUAUGGCAAUGUGGUCAAGUGCAAGGUGCUUUGCAGGUACUAUAAUCAUAUUAGUAAUGAAAAAGGUUUGAUUAGUUCUCCUUAAGUCAAAUCUUAUUCUAUUAGUUUUUACUUUUUGUAACACUUUUUUUUUUUGGCUUUUAUAUGGAAUUGAAUUGUCAAUUUAGUAUUUUUGGGUCAAAGUAAGAAAUUGGCAUUUUUCUGAUUA